CAUUCGGGACCCGUGCGUGCUCCCGGGGGCGCCCAGGACGGUGGGAGGCUGAGGAGCCCGAGCCCCAGAGAGUCCCAGCCCAGCUGUGAAGCGGCAGGGACCGCGCAGGACCAGCACCCCGGGGCGGUCUGCACCUCGACCCCGGGGGCCGGGCUCCUUGCCAACCUUCGAGUCUGCUUCCUGGCGGAGCUCAACAGGCCCAGGCAGUGACUGAGCCGUGGGUGCCCCAGCCGACUGGGUAGAGACGGCCACAUUCCAGCUCGGGGCGGCAGUGACACGAGCGGAGUGCCCACAGGAAGCGGUGCCAGGCAGAGGCCAACGGGUGCUGAAGGGUGAUCUCUCCUCCCUGCCGGAGGCCAGAGGCAGAGGAGAUGGAGGAGCAGGUGUUCAAGGGGGACCCGGACACGCCCCACUCCAUCUCCUUCUCGGGCAGUGGGUUCCUCUCCUACUACCAGGCCGGGGCUGUGGACGCCCUGCGGGACCUGGCUCCCCGCAUGCUGGACACGGCCCAUCGCUUUGCCGGGACUUCGGCAGGGGCGGUGAUCGCAGCCCUGGUCAUCUGCGGGAUCGAGAUGGAGGAGUACCUGCGCGUCCUGAACCUGGGCCUGGCCGAGGUGAAGAAGUACUUCCUGGGCCCCUUCGCGCCGUCCUGCAGGAUGGUGCAGAUGAUGAGGCGGUUCCUGUACACCGCGCUGCCGGAGGACGCCUACAAGGUCGCCACUGGGAAGCUGCACGUGGGCCUCACGCGCUUCGAGGACGGGGAGAGCGUGGUGGUGUCCGACUUCACAUCCAAGGAGGAGCUCAUCGAGGCCCUGUACUGCAGCUGCUUCGUUCCCGUGUACUGCGGCUUCAUCCCCCCAACGUACCGCGGCGUGAGGUACAUCGACGGCGGCUUCACCAGCAUGCAGCCCUGCCCCUUCUGGACAGACUCCAUCACCAUCUCCACCUUCAGCGGGCAGCAGGACAUCUGUCCCCGGGACUGCCCCGCCAUCUUCAACGACUUCCGCAUGUUCAACUACUCCUUCCAGUUCUCCCUGGAGAACAUCACCCGGAUGACCCACGCCCUGUUCCCCCCGGACCUGGUGAUCCUGCAGGAUUACUACUACCGAGGCUACGAGGACGCGGUGGCAUACCUGAGGCGGCUGAAUGCUGUGUACAUCAAUUCGCCCUCCAGGAGCGUGAUGUUCCCGCGCGUGGAGGUGUACUCCCAGAUAGAGCUGGCGCUGGGCCCUAAGUGUCCCCAGAGCCCCUGGCCCCGGCCAGAGGAGCCUGCUCCACUCCAUGCACACUGGGCUCCCCGGGGGGCCGGAAAGGGCAGCCACCCAUCUGCGCCCCCACCUGUGCAGAUGCUUGAGCCCAUGAGUGAGGGGCCCCUGGGGUCACCUGUCUCUUCACUCAAGCCGUCACCUCCGUUGCUGCCGGGCUCACCACUGCCACGUUCUCCAGGUGACUUAGCACCUGGGCACUUCAUCCCCAGCUCAACACCUGGGUCAUCACCACCCGUUGUACCCCCUGGGCGGUCACUUGUGUCACCUCGGCAGCAGGUACAACCAUCUGGAGUCCCAUUCAACACAUCUACGUCCCCAAGGCCUUCGGCUGUCCCUGCACCUCCAACGUCACCCCGAGGCUGUCCAUCAGCGUCACCUGCUCGGCCACCCGUGGAGUUGCUAGGCCCAGAGCAACCCCGAGCUCUCCUCGCCUCUUCAAAUCCAAAAAGUGCCACAGCUCCAACUAAUGUGAAGGAAACUGUCAGCAAGUCCAAUGUGAUGGAUUCACCACCCAAGUGUGGGACGCAGGGACAGGGUCCAGAGAGAACUCCAGGCGGGCCAGGGAGGCUGAGCCCACAGCCCCGAAGGCGAGGAGCUGUCCUGGGUGCGGCAGGAAACUAUGUACAAAAGGCUCCUGACCUUCUCCGUGAAGGUGGCCGUCUCCGCGGUCCGACUUCCACCCACAGCGGUCCCACAAAGUCCUCAGCCCUCCCCACCUCUCAAGAGCGAGGAAGGCGGCGAGUUGGUGAGUCCCUAACUCUGCCCCAGUGCUGGCUCAGGCUCAUGUGGGUCUGCACACCCUAUCCCCUAUGGCCCAUGUCCCAGGGCCUGUGCACGGGAGCUGGGGUCUGCUUGGAGCCCGGCAGCCUGCACGUAGACCUGGACCUGUGGCCCACCUGAAACCGCUCAGUGGUGAAGAAGCCAGAGCCUCUGUCAUCCCACAGCUCACCUCUGUGCAAAUGCAAAUACAAGUCCAGAAUAAAGGAGACCCUUUCAAGACCCUUUACUGCCACUAGCUGGAAACUCAUCAUGAGUCUCCGGAUCCACUGCCCAGGAUGUGUUGAGCACCUCUCACACACUGCAGCCACCCCGAGUCCUCCGCUUCCCGAAAACUGCCCAGAGCUGGCUCUAGUAAAAAUAGCGUAUCUGUACGCUGGGCAUGGCAGUGGAUAAUUUUGGGACUUUUUACAUCAUUCUUCACAUCUGUUUUCUCCCUGGUUCUUAGCAAGUCCCAUGAGAUGGGAGAGGGACAAGGAAUCAGCUUCUCUGGCCACACAGGGGAAGUGUGGGCGGCCUCCUGCAUGGUGGCCUGGCAUUUGAGGAGAGGGCCAGGAGGGGGUCUCCCCGCUGCCAGCCAGAGCGACUCCCCAGGGAGGUCUCCAGGUGCAGUUUCAUGGCCAAAGACUUCGAACAUUUUCAGGCAACGCUGUAUGGUCUUCGGGAUGUUUGUGAAGCUCGGGGUCAGGAAGUUAGACAGCAUCUUCAGGGCGUCCUGGCUAAAGGUGCCAAUUGUUCGGCCAGGUCCAAGGUACUGGAGUUGAGGCGCCGCUUCUAAUCUGGACUUUGACACUCGGGACUUGUGAGGUUCUGGGGGGAGAAAGGGACAUCAGGUGUAGCCACAGCCCAGCGAUUUGUGGGCCAGCACCACCUCUGGCUGCCACUGCUACAGGGCUGUUCCCGACCUCCCUCCCCAUCCACUGCCUCCCCAGCCCUGCUGGCCAAAAUCAAUGCCUGCCACCUCCUGGGAGCCCCCAGGACUAAUAUGUUUUGUCAACCUCAGCUGCCAAACGUGUGGAAUUUGAUUGCUAUUAAAUUUUGUCAUCAGUGAACACUUGUCUCUUCCACUAACUCAUGAAGUCCCAAAGGCCAGGCCUGCCCACACCUCGCUGCACUUUGCACAAAUGUGUGGGCAAAUAAUGAAUGAAUGAAUGAUUAGUAAACCAAGAGCUGGACUCAGGACUACUAAGGACGUCAAAACUGAAAUUUCCAUAGCAUCUCUUGGUUAUCUUUUUUUUUUUUUUUUGUACCAGGGAUCAAACUUGAGUCCUUGCCCUUGCGGUCCAUAGCAUCUCUUACAUCAGUCCUGAAGACAUUAUCUAACCCACCCCAGAGGACAAAUUGUCCAUGAUGUCCCCACACUGGGGGAAAAGCCAAGAAAAGAGGCCUGAGGUCAGGCGGUGUCUGCACCAGGAAAAUAAGCCAGCAUAGAGCCGGGCGUCUGUGAGUUCCGACUACCGGGCAGUAAGACCAGGAAGACAGAGCGUGUCGAGACAGCAACGUCUCGAAAGGUCUGCCCUGCCAGGGGACCUCUUGCAUGUACAAGUCCUGGUCCUGUUUGUCCACCAGCAACUAGAGAACAACUCAUUCUUUUAAAGCCACCCCUUCAUUCAGCAGAUUCUGCACUGUGGGCCGGGCUGGGAGGCAGAUUGCCUCUGUGACUCUGAGAAGGAUGAGGAAAUGUGCUCAUCAGAGUCCACCAGAAAACAUGAAAACUCAGGAUUCUUAAAAGAUCCGUGUCAAGUGUUACCUCUAACAGGAAUAUCUCAGAGCCUGUGGGGGAGCCUCCGGCAAAACAUGAAAGCCACUUACAAAGUAAUCAGGCGUGAUGGUGCAGGCCUGUAAUCCCAGCACUCUGGGAGGCUGAGGCAGGAAGAUUGUAAGUUUGAGUCCAGCCUGGGCAACUUAGCCACUUAG